CUGUUUAAGCUUCAAUAUUUGGAAACAGUAUGGUGCCAUUUCAAGUUUCAAAGGAUCAAGUGAGUGUAGAAAGUGUAGGCUUUUGUUUCUGUCUAUUCAUGCGUUGGGUAAAUCAUGCCUUUAAAACCAAUUUCAACGAUCCCUCUUUUCCAUUCAUACAUUCAGCAUUUUGCAGCAAAAAUUUGUAGAAUGCCUUGAAAAAACCUGUGGAAAGUCCAAAGAGGUUGUUGCUUUUGUUUCAUAAAUUUUUUAAUUUAAUCCGUUUAUACCCUUUCUUUUUUUUUGGGGGGGAGAAAUUUCAACCUCAUAGUCAAUUGGGGAAAGGCAAGUGCAGUGAGGAGCAGGAAAGUGGCCAACAUGGAGUGGACUUCAAGAGCAAUGUAUGUGAAGAGGCACUCAAGAAAGAGCGCAAAAUUGUUGCAUCUCUUAUACUAGAGAUUGGAUACAAAAACCAGCAUCUAUCUGAAUUGCAGCAAAAAUAUGAUAAGACAACAGCAAGUUUUUGAGCGCUUAUAACUGUACUCGCGGAAAACAUCAACUUCUAGCAUAAAAAAAAUUCUGGCAAUUGAGCUAGAGUAUCAGAGAAGAGAGAAAAUGCUGAUGGAUGAGAAUACCAGGCUGCGCAAAGACUAUGGUGCAGAAGUUGCAUGCUUUCCUUCCAUCAAAAUUCUCCUUAAAGGUUAUGCACAUUUGAUACCCACUACCCAGGGAGAUCCGGGACUCUCUACCAAGGAAUUGAAAAAUGUACGCCAAGCACUCAUCGGAAAAUCUCGUUAGUAUAAUUGAGAUUCGUGGCAAAUUCCUCAUCGGAUUCCAUGAAAUCGCUGGAAACCAUUCCAGGUGACGACAAAUAGCUGAAUUGAUCAGCGGCGGAGUAAUCGCGAUCUACGUAAAUGGAAGGCAACUGACCCAUUUUCCCUCAAGAAAAUUUCAUGGCUGUUGCCAGAAAGGAAGAUGGAGUGAAAACAGAGGGAGUGGAGGAAGAGGAGUCGGACGGUUUGUUUUCAUUCAUCUAACUUUCGUUCUUUUUUUUUUUCAACUCGUAAGUAAGAGAUUGGGAUCCAUAAUUAAAUUGUUUGAUGGUUU